GAAGCGGCAGGCAAAUCGCAUGCAAAUUCUUUCGCUUGGUGCAGUUGCAGUUUAUAUAUUAUCUUUUCACUACUUUUAAAAAGUUUUAAGUGCUAAAAGUGAACAUCCUCGAUCGAACUGUUGGGAUUUUCUUGAUAAUUGUGCCGCUCUUUUCCCGCUACGCUUGAGGUUAUGUGCGGUAUCGAAUCAGCGACGUAAACAAAACGCCCUGGCGGCAAAUUAGAGAGGACAACCCUUACCGUCAAUUAGGAACCAUGGUGCGACGUGGCGGUCAGCAUGUCACUUCGAUACGGAUCGUCAGUGUGGACCAUUACAUGCACAAGCCGGAACCACGGUUCGAUACGUGCUACUCGGAGUUCCGUGGAUCCAACGUAAAACAAGUACCGGUCAUUCGAUUGUUCGGUUCGACGGCCGAUGGAACGCAUAGCUGUGUCCACAUUCACGGGGUGUUCCCGUACCUGUACGUGCCCUUCGACGGAAACACCGCGGAUCGAACGGCGGUCGAUCGCUUGAUGUAUCAGAUUGCUUCUAGCUUGGACAAGGCCAUCAACGUUUCGCUCGGCAAUGCCAAUUCAGCGGCCACGCACGUCUUCCGGAUCGCCUUGGUGAAGGGAAUACCAAUCUACGGAUAUCACCGGAAGGAACAUCAGUUUUUCAAAAUCUACAUGUACAACCCGUAUUUGAUUCGGAAGGCCAACAAUCUGCUGAUGAAUGGAGUGAUUCUGUCGCGAGUGUUCCAAACAUUCGAAUCACACGUUCCGUACAUUUUGCAGUUUUUCAUUGACUAUAAUCUCUAUGGGAUGAGUUUGCUGGAUGUGCUGGAAAGUGCGAUUCGGCCUCGUACGGAAACUGGAGAGGAAGGGCAUUUACAGAAGAUGUCCACUUCGGAGUACGAGAUUGACAUUUUGGCCGGAGAUAUAUUGAAUCGCCACACGUUGGAGCAGGAGAAGCGUUCGGAAUAUGCUAAUCCGGGUAUUGCGUCGAUUUGGAAUGACGAGAUCGCUAGGAGGAAGUUGCUGGGGAUGGAGCAACCAGAAGCACUGAGUUUGUCGCAAAGCGGAAAGGUGGAAAUCGUGACGGAGAGUGAUCGCUUCUUUCGAUCAGUGUUGGCUUCGAAGCUUACCGGUUCAAAUAACGCAAACAGACCGGUCGAAGGGGAAGAGACUCGAUUAAAGCCGCCCGUUUCAUUUUAUCCAUCGGAAGUGGCAGAUGACGAGCGCUUACUGGAAGCCUCGUGUGUCCAGGAUCACAAGCAUUUCAGCCAGUAUUCGUCGUUCAAUAUGUCCAACACGGUUUACGAUUUCGAUGGGAGCCAGGUAGAUGAGGAUCGGAUAGUAAGCAUGUCUCAGAAUCCUGACGCCACGUUUGCCGAAGAGGAUCACCAAUUGUUGGACAUUAUGCGAGAGCUGGAGGAACACGAAAAUCGCGAUGUAGAGAACGACAGUCUUCUCGCUCCUUUGACACAGCAAAAUGAACGUAGAAUUACAUCUACUGGGGGAAGUGGGUUAAGCUUAUCUCAAUCGAGUAACAAACGACUUAAUGCUACUUUGAGUGGAGACUUGGAAAUGCUUUCGUUGAUGGGUGACGACAAGAAGAAUGAUGAUGGAAUUCAAGUACAGCUUCAGGACAACAGUACGUUGGAUUCGGAUGAUGAAUUUCUGUUGGAUUACACUAUGAAGAUGGAUCCGAAGACGGCUGAAGACUUGUUGAACGACAGCGACGACGAUAUUCUCAAUUCGAGUGUGAUUCCACAACUGGACGGCGCUGACGAUGGACAGCUUCCUAUGCUUAGAAGCAAGCGAACGAGUCAAAAUAGAAGUCCUUCGGGUGCCUUGAGCAACGGAAAGCUUAAUGGACACGAUGAACCGGGGAUCAAGCGCUUGAAGCAUGUUCUAGUGACCAAGAUGUCAAACGAGUUCGAAAUGCACAACGUUCCAACGUUAACAAAUGGUGUGCAUAAGGUAAAGCCUUUGUCGAAGCCGAGGAAAAAGAUCAAACUGGAUCAAUCGAACAGUCUGGAACUGGUCGCCAAUGGUAUAACCAAUGGGACACAUGAGGACUCUAAACCGAAGCAAGGACCGGACAGUAAUCAAAUCACCGAAAACGCAACUGUAAAACUCGAUAUCCCGAAACCAAAACUGAAGGAGUUGAAAGUCAAACUCUCGAUGGUCGACAUCUCAGCAUACCGCCUUCCAGUGCCGGAAUCGCCAGUAAAGAAACCCGCUAAAACUCCAAACGCAUCACCCCUCAAGGAACGAGAUCCAUCACCGUUCGAUGUUUGUAAAUUGGCUCGCGAGUACGAUCUGGCCAACAAUUACGAUCCUCAGGAAGGACUGUCUCGAGGUCCCGUUCGGCGAGGUCGUAGUCGAGGAAGGGGUCGUGGUAGUCGCAGAGGACGCCCUGUCCGAAAACAACCAUCUCCUGAGCCGGUACCCGAACCAGAACCCGAACCGGAUCCUGAGCAGCAAAUCCCGCCACAACCGGAACCGGAAAUCGAUGUGAUCCUGUCGCAGAAAUUUCAGAGCAUCAUUAAACUGUCUCCAAAAGUGUUGAUAACGGCGCUAAGCCAAUCGGAGGUAACAAACUUGCAGGUCAAGAAAGCCGAUCCAACGUCAAUGGAGACGAUUGAAAUUUCCAGCGAGUCGGAAGUAAUCCACAUCAGUGAUGAAGAAUCGCGCUCUUCCGGAGAACAGAAACGCCUUUCCAUUCCGGAAAUAUCGCAGGAAGCAGCCCAGGUGGCAAAUCGUUCACCCAUUUCGACAAAGGCAAUGACGGAGGAUGACGAGGGUGAAGAUGAAGAUCUCAACAUUAAAAGUUUUUACGAACAUACACUCGUUUUUGACGAUUUCGAUGAGCUGGGCUCGGGUUCGGAUGGCAGCAUGAUGGAACUCGGAUGCGAUAAUCACGUUGAGGAUGAUACGAAGGUUAUAAGCACUCUUCAAGAGAAGCCACCAUCAAUGGCAGAUGCGUUAAAAGCGAUACAGGAGUUCACAAUCCCGCAAGUAAUUCAUCAAGAACCAUUCUACAGCAAUCCUGUGGAUGUUACGGGGCGAAAAGAAGUGGGUCACAUUGUGCUCAACAUCGGAGGAAACAGUCUUAACGAUAUGGAAGAGUUUCAUAGCGUUGUGAGCGAUAUGAACUCGAUCAACAACUUUCGCCAUAAAAAACUAAGCGCAAUCUAUGGAGACAGUCUGAGUGCAAUUUUGGGCGAUUCAUCUCGCCCAGACGCUGGGAAAAUGAGAGAACUGUUGGCAACGGAACAGUCGGUUAUCGUGGUACCGGCUGCAAAGCCCCCAUCAAAACAUGAAGCCAAAGUUUGGCUGAAAGCCAUGGAGAAAAUUAAGACUGAAGAAGCUGUUCCUGUGGAGCAAGACAGCCCGAUCAAAAUUAAGAAAAUGCAAGCAAUUAUGGUCGGUGAGGGAACAACCUCCACGCAGGAAGCACAAAGCAUCAAAAUCGAUCACGACAGCACACUCAAUCUAAGCUCUCUGAUUACAGCGGAUAAUCCCGUAGAUAGCAGUGCGAGAAGCACGCUGGUUUCGAAAAUUUUCUCCAUGAACACAAAAUCCUCCCCCGCAAUGCGAUUGGACCACGAGAACGGAUCACCAUCUGUUUCUAGCGGAAAGGAACAUCUCGAGCUGCUCAGUUACAGUGCUCGGAGGAAGCGACGCAAAACCAUGAAAGCGCGGCUAUCGCUAAGUGCGGCAUUCAAACGAUUCCGGAAUUCGAAGGUUCAGGAAGAACAGGAGUCCGCCAGUAGGGAUAGUGAAGAUUUCGACACAAUCACUCCGGGACAGGACACCUCUGCAUGUUCGGAAGUGGAACUGGGGCAGGAUGUGGUAAACUCUUCGCAAUGUUUGGUCGCUAGUCAAAAGUCCGAAAAUUCCGACAGUGGAACAUCGGAUCAUACUAUUUUACCGCACAGCGCUGAAAUCGCAUCGAUGAAACAACGACUGCUCAACGGAUCGCCCCUAAUGGCGCCCGAUGUCAGCCAGCCGGCAGAACAUUCCGGGAAUAUUUCCGCCGUGACGCCGAACAACAACACCUACGGAUUCAAGGUCAACUACGAAAACCUUCAGAAAGCAAAAGCAACGUGCGAGUACAACUUCUUGACCAUCAUGUCCGUCGAAGUGCACAUUCAGACGAGAGGUGAAUUGCGACCAAACCCGGAAAUAGAUCCCAUAUCUGCAAUCUUCUAUCGCAUCCAUAAUGAUGUGCCGGAAGAUCACCGUCGGGCGCCAUCCGUUUGUGGUAUCAUCCUGAAUCACGAACACGGUCUGGCUGCAACGGACCGACUGGAUCCGUACAAAUACAACAAGUGCAAUUAUAUGGCCGAUGUGGUAACGGUGUCGAACGAGAGGGAGUUGUACGAGAAAUUUCUGAUGUUGAUCUCGUUUUGGGACCCGGAUAUCUUCGCCGGGUAUGAGAUUGAGCAAGCUUCGUGGGGAUACAUUAUCCAGCGGGGGUACAGCUUGGAGAUGAACCUUAUGAAAAUGUUGUCGAGGGUGCCGACGGCGGAGAAAGUUCACGUUUCCGAGGAAGAAGAGCAAGAGCUGCUGGAGAUGCAUGAAUACAGUGCGGGAUUAAAGAUUCCCGGGAGGAUAUUACUGGAUAUUUGGCGCCUGAUGAGACACGAGAUAGCGUUGACGUCGUACACUUUCGAAAAUAUUGUGUUCCAUAUUUUACACAGGCGAGUUUCAUGCCAUGCUUUCAAGCAAUUGACGAGACUGUGGAACAAACCGUACUCCAAGUGGAUCGUACUGGAAUAUUAUCUGGAGAGGGUUAACGGUAAUCUUGAACUGUUGCAUCAGUUGGAUUUGAUCGGUAGAACAGCCGAAUUGGCCAAGCUUUUUGGGAUUCAGUUCUACGAAGUGCUCUCGCGUGGCUCUCAGUUCCGAGUGGAGAGUAUGAUGCUGAGAAUAGCGAAGCCGAGGAAUUUCGUGUCCGUGUCACCGAGCAUACAGCAACGAGCGCAUAUGAGGGCUCCGGAGUAUCUACCGUUGAUAUUGGAACCUGAGUCGAGGUUCUAUGCGGAUCCAUUGAUAGUGUUGGAUUUCCAGAGCUUGUAUCCAAGCAUGAUCAUUGCAUACAAUUACUGCUUUUCGACGUGCCUCGGUAGGGUUGAACAUUUGGGACAAUCCGAGCCAUUCGAAUUCGGUGCUUCUCAUCUUCGGCUGUCUCCUCGAAUGCUUAAAGUACUCGUAGAGAAGAAUCUUAUCACCAUCUCACCAUGUGGCAUUGCGUUCGUGAAAUCAUCCGUGCGAGAGGGCAUCCUUCCCAGGAUGUUGAAUGAAAUUUUGACCACUCGUCUCAUGGUGAAAGGUUCCAUGAAGCUGCACAAGGAGAACAGUAUUCUCCAACGAGUGCUCCAUUCUCGGCAACUCGGGCUGAAGCUGAUCGCCAAUGUCACGUAUGGGUACACGGCGGCUAAUUUCAGCGGUCGAAUGCCCUGCGUCGAGGUGGGCGAUAGCGUUGUAAGUAAAGGUCGUGAAACGUUGGAACGGGCCAUCAAAAUGGUUGAGACCAGCGAGCGGUGGGGUGCCAAAGUAGUGUACGGCGAUACGGAUUCGUUGUUCGUGCUUUGUCCGGGCCGAACCAAGGAGCAAGCGUUUAAAAUCGGAGCAGAAAUUGCCGAUGCCGUGACGAAGGAUAAUCCUCCACCGGUGAAACUCAAGCUGGAGAAGGUUUACCAGCCGUCGAUAUUACAGACAAAGAAACGCUACGUGGGUUACAUGUACGAAACACCGGACCAGGAGAAACCUGUUUAUGAGGCAAAGGGAAUCGAAACGGUACGCCGCGAUGGCUGUCCCGUGGUCAGUAAAAUGCUCGAAAAGGUCCUGCGCAUCCUGUUCGAAACGCGGGACGUUUCCAAAGUUAAAGAGUACACCUGUCGGCAGUUCUCCAAAAUUCUCGAAGGACGGGUCAAUCUGCAGGACUUUAUAUAUGCCAAAGAGUUUCGCGGCGAGGAUGGGUACAAGCCGGGAGCAUGUGUACCAGCUUUGGAACUGACGCGCCGCUGGAAAGUGGUUGAUCCUAGACGAGAACCACGCCGGGGUCAACGUGUUCCGUACGUGAUUAUCAACGGUCCGCCCUUGGUGCCAUUGAUUCGACUGGUCAGAAGUCCUGAUGAGUUGCUGGCGGAUAAUGGAUUGAAAAUCAACUCUAAUUACUAUAUUGGGAAGGCAAUCAUUCCGCCCCUUAAUAGAUGUCUGCUUCUGAUUGGUGCAGACGUGAACCAAUGGUAUAACGAUAUGCCACGAAAGUACCAACUGUUACACAAUACCGGCGGAAAGCGUUCGUCGCUUGCAAGCGAAUUGCAGUUACCGAAAAAGAGUACGAUCUCACAGUACUUCUCCACCACUAGCUGCAUCGGAGAUUGCGGCAAUCAGAGCCACAGUGGAGUGUGCACUGAAUGUCGCAAGCGUCCCCAAAGAACUGUUACCUAUGUGAUGGAUAAGAUUAACCGGUUGGAAAGGCGAGUUGAACUUUGCGAAAAGAUGUGUCGAUCCUGCUGUCAGCGGAAUUUUGAAACGGCAUGCAUUUCUCUGGAUUGCCCUGUGUUAUUUGUGCUGAACCAACGCACUCGAGAGUACGCUCAGGUUCAGUAUUAUCGUGAUCUUCUCGAACAGAUGUUCUGAGCAAAUAAAAUUAUGCAUCUGAACCGGCGGUGUGUUUUUCGAUUGUUAUCCGAACCCAUUCCUUGAAGCAACUGAUCCACGUAACAACGGUUGGACU